UCGGUAUGACCUGACCACAAUUUCGCAGCAAGAAGUUAGAGAGGCCUGGUCUUCCUUGGACCAAUCACAGCUUGUAACUGCAACUGUCCGGAAACCUGCGGCAGACCGUCAAUGACAACAGCAUUGACUUCAGCAGUUGGUGUCCAGUUGAAUCCGUCUCUGAUGUUUCCCGCACAGUGACAUUAUGGAGACAGCAGCAACAGGAUCAGAUGAUCCGCCACCUGUGAAGCAGAGCAGCAGCUAUGGAUUGCUGCCACCUGACAUGUCAGAUGGUCUGCUACCUAUGAAGCGGAACCAAAGCUAUGGAUGGCUGCCACCUGACAUGUCUGAGCUGACGGUCGUUGUGCUUGGUAACAGCUGGUAUGAGAGGAGUUCAGUGGGGAACUACAUAGUAGGAAAGACUGUGUUCAACACUGAGGAAGAACCGGACCGCUGUCUGAAAGUCAGAAGGCAGAUGAAAGGAAAAGAGAUAGUUGUCAUCAACACCCCAAAUCUGCUGCACGCCAACAUCUCUGAAAAUAAACUGACAGAGUAUGUGGACGGCUAUGUGAGCCUCUCUGAUCCUGACCCUCAUGUGUUCCUGCUGCUUCUACAACCUGAAGAGUUCACUGAGGAUCACAAACGGAGGCAUUGCAGAGUCCUGACACUCUUCGGUGAUCAAUCUUUUGAUCAUACACUGAUUCUGAUAGCACCACCCAGAGAGGAGAGUUCAGGUUUAAUGGAUUUGAUGCAGCAUCCAGCCUUAAAAGACAUGCUUGCAAUGUGUGGAGACAGAUAUUUGAGGCAGAACCAUGACUAUUCAGAGCUCUUAACACGUUUGGGUCAAACUGCAAAGGAGAGCAUUGGACACCACGGAGGCAGUGCAUUUGAUGAUGAGGAUGCAGGUUUGAUCAUGACAAAGUGUGGACGCAUCAAAGCAGCUUUAAACCUGGUUCUUUGUGGAAGGAGCGGAGCAGGGAAGACUUCAGCAGCCAAGGCCAUUUUAGGUCAGACAGAGCUACAUUCAGCCUCCAACUCAUCAGAGUGUGUUCAACAUCAGGGAGAGGUGAGUGGACGCCGAGUUUCCCUAGUGCAGCUGCCUGCCUUGUAUGGAAAACCUCAGCAGGAAGUGAUGGAGGAAUCAUUCAGGUGCAUCUCCCUCUGUGAUCCUGAGGGCGUCCAUGCCUUCGUCCUGGUCCUAUCUGUGGGUCCCCUCACUGAUGAAGACAAGGGAGAGUUAGAGACCAUUCAGAACACGUUCAGCUCUCGAGUCAACGACUUCACCAUGAUUCUUUUCAUCGAGUCAGAUGCUACAGCUCCAGCAGUUGCUGACUUUAUACAGGAAAACAAGGACAUCCAGGAGCUCUGUCAGAGCUUUGGAGAAAGAUAUGCUGUUCUCAACAUCAAGGACCAGCAGCAGAUCCCAAAGCUGUUGGAUACUGUGGAAGACACAAGAGUUAAAGGAUCCAGGUGCUUCACGAUGACUAUGUUCACUAAGGCUCAGAUGAAGAAGGUUGAGGAGCUGGAUACCGCUAACAGAAGACUUAAAUUAAGAAAGAGAAGUGAGAUGGGAGAAGAUGACGAAACAGAGCGUCUCAGGAUGGUGUUGAUUGGGAAGGCUGUCUGUGCGAAGAGUGCAAUUGGAAACAUCAUUUUGGGCAGAGAACAUUUCACAUCCAGCCAGAAGUCUUUGACCACCAUGUGCCAGAAAGCGACAGGAGAGAUUCAUGGACGAUCUGUCGCUGUGGUCAACACACCUAGCUUGUUUGACACAACUCGGUCUGAUGAUGACUUUCGAAAAUGCCUCAGCAUGUUGGCUCCUGGACCUCAUGGGUUCUUACUGGUGCUGCAGAUUGGAAACCUUACAGAACAGGAAAAACGCUCAGUGGAACUGAUUAAGAAAUAUUUUGGCAAGAACUCUCAAGAUUUCAUCAUCAUUAUACUCACCAGAGGAGAAGAACUUCAAGAUAAGUUAUCCAAGAGUUAUGCUGACGAUGUUGGUGGCUUUGUCAAAAAACUCAUCAAUGACUGUGGAGGCAGGUGCCAGGUCUUCGACGAAGGUGACACAAAGGGUACGCAAGUCAGAGAGCUGCUGACCAAGGUCGAGAGCAUGGUGAAGGAAAAUGGUGGCUGCUGCUACACCAAUGGAUACACGGAAAAACAAGUGGAGAGGAUUUUGAAAGAGAAAGAAGAAGAGAUGAAGAGAAAGGGUGAGAACCUGCGGAAAAAACACGAAGAUUAUAUGAAAACACUGGAACGCAAAAUCAAAGAGGAGGAGAGAAAGCUGAGGGAAAAACAGCUGAAGGAGAUGGACCAAAGCAUCAACAAGGAGCGUGAAAAGAGACAGAAAGAGCAGGCGGAAGUUGAAAGGAAACGGAAGAAACAAGAAGAAAAUAAUCAACAGGAAUUGAAAAGAAAACUGGACGCAUUAGAGAGAAAGGUAGAAAGAGAGCAAGGUGAAACGUUUGCAAAGAAACUGGAGCAGAUUAGGAGAGAGACCAAGAGAGAUCAAGAGUCCUGGAAUAGGGAGAGGAAGGACACCUGGGAACAAAUACAUGAAGAGGAUAAACAGAGCCUGGAGGAAUGGAAAGUCAACUACAGGAAUCUGCAAGAGGAGUACCAUUAUAAGAGAAGAAAAUAUACCUACUGCAUAGUGGUGCUGUUGUUGUUUCUAUUGUAUGUAUUAUGUUAUAUAUUUCUCAGUUAGAAAUGCACAUGCAUACACACUACAGACAUUGAAUGGACCCAAUUUAUAUAGUGUUUUAUCCAGCCAUUACAACCAAACCAAGGCGCUUUAUAUUUACACGUAGCCCACUCAUAACCCACUCAAACAUUCCUACACUGAAGGCCAUGGGUUGCAACUUGAGGUUAAGUAUCUUGUUAGAAAAUGCAUUCGCUACCUAGCUACCGCAUUCUCCUCUCGGUGAAAUUUAAGAUCGGUUGGAUACAGACACAGAGACACAUAGUAGAGUUGGGCUUAUUUAAUGAAAUAUCUGAAGCAGGGGAUGGACUGGACAUCUGUGUUUGCAGGGAGGCUGUAAAGCAUGACAGUGUAUAAAUAUGUGUAUAUAUAUAUAUAUAUAUAUUAUUAUUAUUUUUCUUUAAUUUUACAUUAUCAUUUAAUGGGGCCCUAUUAUGCUUUUAUCCCUGAAACGCCUUGAUUGGACUCCUUUGUUUACCUCCGUAACAGUGACAGCACUUUGUAACAACAUUUCCGUUUCUAUUGGCUGGUUCUCCAAUACAUUGUUGGGAUAUACUAAGGGGCGGGACAUCUCUAAACAGUUGACCAAUCACAAUCAUAGACUGGGCUCUGGUUUCAGACGAAAAGAAGUGCUGCAGCACAGGCAGUAUGAGAAAAAUAAAGAGCUCUUUGAACAUUAAAGCAUGGAGACAUGUCCCAGUAGAGACAGUAAAUCCAAAUAUGAACCUGAGAAUCAGCCUAUUGGGGUGCCUUUAUGAUGCACACUGAAAGGCGACAGCACAAAUGCAAACGUUUGAUUCUUACCUAAAAGCACAUCUUUGAUAACAUUGAAUAAUUAAAAAAGUUGGGGAGGUUAAUUUAAAAAUGUAUUUUGUCAAAAUGACUACCUGUAAAUAUGUUUAAAAAGGUAAUGUUACCCGAUUACUUCACGUUACGUUUGGAUCACCUCAGUAUUUAAUAUGAUGAUAAUAAAUUCAAGAGAAAAUAAA